AUGCUUCCCGGAAAGUGGAUUGCGCUGGCGUCGCUGGCUAGGCUGCGACACCGGCGGCGGCGGUGCCAAGGGCACGGGGGCAUCGUCAACGAUGGUGGAUGGCGCAGCCGGUCGGGCCGGCGGAGGGGCCGGUGGAGCCAGCAGCCGCUGUGGAGACGACGGCUGUUGCUGCUGGACGGAUUCUGGCACCCCUGCACGCCGACCACGGGUGGAAGGGAGCGCAUCUGGGCGGCUGGAAGAAGGCGGCGGAGCUGUCUGCUGGGAAGAAGAGGCGGUCGGAAAACACUGAUACCAGCGCCUGAGUGGGUUGCGGUGCCAGCGGAUCACUUUGUCGGCGAUGCAGACGUCAAAGAGCUGAUGGCCUUGCGGCCGGACGAUCACCCCCUGAAUCCAUCCAGCUCUCAGGCCGGAACCUCGCGCCCAGAUAAGGGAUCCAGGAACAAAGGGAGCCUGUGCAGUCGGAACCUAUUGUUUGGGUCCAGGCCGGAGGAGGUGCAAAAGGAGGGGUGGACGGGGGAGAGGGUGGACGGGGGAGAGGUGGACGGGGGAGAGGUGGACGGGGGAGAGGUGGACGGGGGAGAGGUGGACGGGGGAGAGGUGGACGGGGGAGAGGUGGACGGGGGAGAGGUGGACGGGGGAGAGGUGGACGGGGGAGAGGUGGACGGGGGAGAGGUGGACGGGGGAGAGGUGGACGGGGGAGAGGUGGACGGGGGAGAGGUGGACGGGGGAGAGGUGGACGGGGGAGAGGUGGACGGGGGAGAGGUGGACGGGGGAGAGGUGGACGGGGGAGAGGUGGACGGGGGAGAGGUGGACGGGGGAGAGGUGGACGGGGGAGAGGUGGACGGGGGAGAGGUGGACGGGGGAGAGGUGGACGGGGGAGAGGUGGACGGGGGAGAGGUGGACGGGGGAGAGGUGGACGGGGGAGAGGUGGACGGGGGAGAGGUGGACGGGGGAGAGGUGGACGGGGGAGAGGUGGACGGGGGAGAGGUGGACGGGGGAGAGGUGGACGGGGGAGAGGUGGACGGGGGAGAGGUGGACGGGGGAGAGGUGGACGGGGGAGAGGUGGACGGGGGAGAGGUGGACGGGGGAGAGGUGGACGGGGGAGAGGUGGACGGGGGAGAGGUGGACGGGGGAGAGGUGGACGGGGGAGAGGUGGACGGGGGAGAGGUGGACGGGGGAGAGGUGGACGGGGGAGAGGUGGACGGGGGAGAGGUGGACGGGGGAGAGGUGGACGGGGGAGAGGUGGACGGGGGAGAGGUGGACGGGGGAGAGGUGGACGGGGGAGAGGUGGACGGGGGAGAGGUGGACGGGGGAGAGGUGGACGGGGGAGAGGUGGACGGGGGAGAGGUGGACGGGGGAGAGGUGGACGGGGGAGAGGUGGACGGGGGAGAGGUGGACGGGGGAGAGGUGGACGGGGGAGAGGUGGACGGGGGAGAGGUGGACGGGGGAGAGGUGGACGGGGGAGAGGUGGACGGGGGAGAGGUGGACGGGGGAGAGGUGGACGGGGGAGAGGUGGACGGGGGAGAGGUGGACGGGGGAGAGGUGGACGGGGGAGAGGUGGACGGGGGAGAGGUGGACGGGGGAGAGGUGGACGGGGGAGAGGUGGACGGGGGAGAGGUGGACGGGGGAGAGGUGGACGGGGGAGAGGUGGACGGGGGAGAGGUGGACGGGGGAGAGGUGGACGGGGGAGAGGUGGACGGGGGAGAGGUGGACGGGGGAGAGGUGGACGGGGGAGAGGUGGACGGGGGAGAGGUGGACGGGGGAGAGGUGGACGGGGGAGAGGUGGACGGGGGAGAGGUGGACGGGGGAGAGGUGGACGGGGGAGAGGUAUGGGGGAGAGGAGCUUCUGUGUACGUUGACAAAUAG